CAAUCCCCCACCCCCAUCUCUCACCACUCACUACGACACACCUGUAAAACGCACGUGUCAUUGACUCACUUCAGAAGCUUCGGAAAAGACAGCCUUCUAAAGCCCUAAAUUUUUUCCCUCUUUUCUUUUCUUCGUCGAAGCUCGAUCACCUACUGAUCUUGCUCUUCCCCUUCCCAAAAUUCAACCCUUCUUUCCUAAAAUUCGCUACUUCAUUAGCUCAGAAUUUAAUUACUGGAUGUACUGAGCAAAUAACGAGGAGCUUGUCUGCUAAAUUAGCUUUGUUACUGGCAAAUUGGGUAGAGUUGCUUUUAAUUUUAUGGAUUUCAUAUAAUAUUUCUCAUUAUUUGAGUGUAUCUGUUCGAUGGUCAUAAUGAAUUUGGGAGUCAAAAUGCCGGGAGAUCGGCAUUGCCCCCGAGUUGACACUUAUGAGCUCAAACUUCGGAUUGAAAGGAAAGUUGGUCAGCAGAAGGUAGAGAAAUAUUAUUCUAUGUUAAGCAGAUAUUUAAGCCUAAAGAUGAGCAAAUCAGAGUUUGAUAAGUUUUGUGUUGUUUUAUUGGGGAGAGAGAAUAUCUGCCUUCAUAAUGCGCUUAUCCGAGGAAUUAUAAGAAAUGCCUGUACUGCUAAGAUGCCUCCGCCAAAAAAUGUCACAAUGGAGGCUUCCUUUAAUGCAAAAGUGCCGAAUGGUUGUCAAAGAGGAAGUCUUCAGUCACUGUGCAGGGAUGUAUUUCCGCAGUCUCCUAGAAAAGGGAGAACUCCUAACCUUCGUGAUCGCAGAUUUAGGGACCGGCCAAGUCCUCUGGGUCCUCAUGGAAAGACCCAUUCUGCUGGCUGUGAAGAUUUUCCACCAAAAGUACUGGAACAACAAAGUGCUACUGAGCUUCUGUCCUUGGGUAGUAAGCCUCCAGUUGAAGGCAACUCCGUGGAAGAGGGAGAAGAGGUUGAGCAGGCUACUGGAAGCCCCGGUAUUCAUAGUAGAAGUCCUGUAACAGCUCCCCUCGGCAUCUCUCUGAAUGCUAAGGGAACAAGGAAAGUAUUAUAUCAUGGGUCAGCUCCUUUACAUGAUAUGGGAAGCUGUUACAGCAGUGGUGAGUUGCCCGAUGCCAGCUUGCUAAUGAAAAAGUUGGAACAAAAGUUGGAGACAGAAGGCUUGAAGAUGUCAACUGACUGUGUAAAUGUGUUGAACAAUGGGCUCGAUGUAUUCUUGAAGCGAUUAAUUAAGCCUUGUUUGGACUUAGCAGGCUCAAAGUCACAACACAAGCACAUCCUUCACCAAGCUGUUUCAGUUUCAAAUAUGACAAGGACAAUAAGAUAUAACCAAAAACCAAGUGAUCUCUUUUCUAUUUCAAUGUUAGAUUUUCGCACGGCAAUGGAGUUGAAUCCCAGGAUACUAGGGGAGGAUUGGCCAACACAGCUUGAGAAGGUUUCAAUGCGUUCGUUUGAAAGUCUAUGAUUGAUUAGGGCAUUGAUUUGGGUGUGACUGUGACUUUGAGUCCAUAAAGUGAUGACUCAUGUUGUGAUUCUAUUAGCAGGUCUAACAGUAAUGCUGACAGAAGUUAUACAAGCAGUAGUAAAGCAUCUGCAUUGUUUAAAGCUACGGAAAAUUUUGGAUCAUGGUUGUUAGGUUGUAUAUAUACCUCAGAGCUGAUUAUUUCUGAAUUGAGAGUUGUUACCUCGUGAAGUAGCAAGAUAUCAACACCUGUAAGAUUGUAGCCAUUACAAAUAGAGUUAAGUGGGCUUUGUCAAUUAUUAUCUAUAGCUGUUCAUGUCAUUGAUGUUGUUAAUAAAGAUUAUUCUUUGAGUAUAUAGGGACUCACUUAUCUUUA